AGUCGUGACCUGAAACAUGGCGACAGAGAGCUGUGAAAAGUGCUAAAUUCUGUCUGAAUUUCUACAAAAUCGCGAAGGUUUGGAGUGAGAUCAUCUGCGCUGGUCUCUUCAGUAUUUCUCUGUAGUUCUUGUUGCCAAUGUUCAACAUGGGCCGAACUACACUGAAAGAUCAGAAAGACAGUAGGAAGGAAAAACCAGGCAGGAGUAUGUCUCUCACAGGUCCUGGACCAGUCAAAGUGACUGAGUCUUUCUCAUGGGAAGAGUAUUUAAAGGAGACGUCAUCCGUUCCCGCCCCUCCCGGCUGUUUUAGACAGUCUCGGAUUCCUCCGUCUAAUGACUUCAAAGCUGGUAUGAAGUUGGAAGCUCGAGACCCUCGUAAUUCCACCUCCACCUGCAUCGCCACGGUGAUGGGCAUGAUGGGUGUGAGACUCCGCCUACGUCUGGAUGGCAGCGACAACACCAAUGACUUCUGGCAAUUGGUUGACUCCUCCGACAUCCAGCCAAUUGGAACCUGCGAGAAAAAUGGAGACAUGUUGCAACCACCAUUGGGUUUUAGAAUGAACGCCUCAUCGUGGCCUAUGUUUCUCUUGAGGACUCUGAACGGAGCCGAAAUGGCACCUGUUACAGCAUUUAAAAAGGAGCCUCUGAGGCCCCUUCAGAACGGAUUCAAGCCCGGAAUGAAGUUGGAGGCAGUAGACAAAAAGAAUCCGUAUCUGAUCUGUCCGGCAACCAUCGGCGAGGUGAAGGGCGAGGAAGUGUUCAUCAUGUUUGAUGGCUGGAGGGGCGCGUUUGAUUACUGGUGUCGCUACGACUCCCGGGACAUCUUCCCAGUGGGCUGGUGCGGAGUCACCAAACACAGCCUACAACCGCCCGGCAACAGCAUCACCAUUCCAAAACCUCUUCCUGCACCAUCCUCCUCCUCAAACUCCAAACCAAUGCGGCGCUCCAUGCCGCCUCCAUACCGGCUGCCGACACCUCUUCCCCAGCUCCCUGUGAGGAAGGGCAUCAGGGGGCGUCGACCAAAGAGCGAGACCAUCGCGCUGCUGAAAGCGCUGGCAGCUUCCACCGCUACCCAGGACGCAGAAGCACCAGAGGGCGCCACACCUCAAACCACGCCUGUCUCUGAGCUCACACCACGCCCGUAUAAGAAGAGGGGACCCAAACCUGGCAGCAAGAGAAAGCCCAGAUUUCUCCAGAGCCCCAUGUCUAUAACAGCGACUUCAGAAUCCAGAGUGCCCACGACACAGAUGCCCAGCGAUGGACACUCUCCUCUGAGCUCCCCCUCAUCUGUGGUUUCAACCGUGUGUGUUUAUGUGAACAAACACGGGAACUGCGGGCCUCAUCUGGACCGGAAGCAAGUUCAAAGGCUGCCGGAUCAUUUCGGACCAGAGGCCGUGAAUCUGGUUCUGCAGCAGACGGUCCAGGCAUGUCUAGACUGUGCAUACCAGCCCAAAGUGCUUCUGGGAUGCCUGCAGAGUCAAGGUGGCGGAGGAGAGGUGGUCAGAGUCCGAACAGAUGGCGGGACGCGGUUGGUGAAGCUUCCGUCUGCGUCCAGUGCUGCGUUCGUGUUGCGUUUUCUGGAGCUAGUGUGUCGACACCUGCAGUGUGAUAAUCUGUUCAGCAGUCAACCGUUCAGUCCACACAACACAUAUGACCGUGCUAAAUCAGUUAAAGAGGAACUGUUGUCAGAAUCGUCGUCUCUGAACAGAGGUGUGAAACGGAUCUCCAGAGAUUCUCCGCCGUAUAGCGCUCCUCUCUCUCCAAAACUCCUUCACACAGACACACACCCCUCAGAAGCGGAGACACUUCCUCCCGAGGAGAAUGGCUUACUGAAGGAACAGCGCUUCAUGGACUCCGCCUCCAACUCAAUGACGCCCCGCCCACAGACCUCGAGAAGCACCUCAGACUAUCCGUCUCCACUCAGCAGCCCGUAUUACCAUGGCAACGGCCCACCCCUGCGACGACAGGCCUCCAACCCCCCCACACAGACACACAGACGAGUGGAGGCAGCCAGCUCUACCACAGGUCCUGAAGCUGCGGCAGUUCGUGACGCUCCCAGAACCCCCGGUCGGAGUCCCUCGUCCUGGUCCAUAGAGGAAGUGAUGCAGUUUGUGCGAGACGCUGAUCCAACAGCUCUGGCUCCACACGCAGAACUCUUCCGAAAACAUGAGAUAGAUGGGAAAGCUCUGAUGUUACUGCGGAGUGACAUGGUGAUGAAGUACAUGGGGCUGAAACUCGGACCGGCGCUCAAACUCUGUCAUCACAUCGAGAGACUGAAACAAGGCAAACAGUGAAGACGCAAACACAAACCUUACUGGAUUAGAUGAAGAAUCUAACCUCCGUACCAACACACGCUGCAUACAGACGCACAGCAGAGGGCUGAUGGAAAACGGCAAUUCAACUGAUCAGAGGGCUUCGGAACACACUACACCACCGGACUUUCUCUCCAUAAACACACACUCUCUGUCAAGGUUUAUAUUCUUUUUAUCCUUUACCAGAGUGGACCGAUGCUUUGAGGAACAUUUGUGCAACGCUCUGGGAAUGUUUUCACGAGACUAUUUUACCCCCGAGAUCGUCAAAUGGAUAGGAAGUCCAGAGCGCAGGAGUGUUGAAGCGUCUGAGUCAGUAUCGCCUUAAAGAUGUAGACGCUUCACGGGGCGAUUAUCUCAUCGAUGGUGAUCAAUUAUGAGUUGAAUGUGCGAUAUUUAUCUCUCUACCUCCCUGUGAUGUCAUCAUGCGAGUCCACACCUGUUGUGGGCAUUGUUUCUGGAAAAACUCAAAGCCUUGUUCAUUUUUAAAAUAUCUUCAAGUCUCAUUUUGAACCCUGAGAAAUGUGUUUGUGUAUUUAGGUCACAUAAUGGUGUCACGAAUUUACAGAGGACAAAACGUUCUCCAGUUGACGUGAAAUUAUACGUCAUGUUUUUCAAUGGAUCGAUUGUGUAAACCAAUGGAAAGGGCUUGAGGGAUUUUUGGUCAAAGAUGAAGUAACUGAAUGUAAGCAGGUGAAUCCUUUGUGACAUUGUUUUCAAUCCACAAAACCUUGUCAGAAAGACGUUUAAGUUGACUUCUUUUAAGUCUAUCAUGCUCCCCAUCAUGCUAGUAACUCGAAGCCAAUGAAAAUAUUUUGCAUUUUUUUUUUUUUUUUUUUUUAAUUAACAUAAUUUCAUCGUCAGCCAUGUGUUCAAGUCAAGUCUAAUGGGAAAGAAAUGAGGGUACCACACCCUGUAUAGGUGAAUCUCAACAUGCAUAAUCCAAAAGAAGAAGGAAAAAAACGUAACACUUUACAAUAAGGUUGUAUUCAUUAGCAUUAGUUAACUACAUUAGUUUUACAGCACUUUUUAAUCUUGUUUAAUGUUAGAUUUAACAUAUACUAAUACAUUUUUUUAAUUAAAAGUUGUACGUUAACAUUAGUUUAUGCAUUAUGAACUAACAUGAACUAAUAAUUAUGUUGGCUUGACAAAGCCAGCAUACUGAUAUUCUACAGACUUGUUUUAGGGUUUUUACAGAAUCCCUAAACCAAGACACAAAUUAUCAAUUGUAACUCCUCCUAGAGCUUUUAAGCUACAUCCACCAAACUUGGCACCGACCUUCAGACUGUUCUGACGCUGGUUGCUAUGUAUUUUCUAACUGAUCGGACUUACGGUUUUCCCAUAACGGAUAAUGGAAAUCCCCCAAAUCCCAUAGACUUACUUUAACACAAUGUUCAAAAGACUCCAACAGUCUCUCUAAGGCCUGUGUAACCUUUCAACUUCAAACUCUAAAAACUAAACAUCAAAGUCUUGACAAACUUCACUUAUCUAGAUAACAAUUGUAUUUCGCUAAAUUAAAAUGAACUACGAUUAAGGCUGUAAAAUAUAUUAACCAUUGUUAGUCCAUGAUACCUAAUGCAUUUACUAAUUUUAACAAAUAGAACCUAACUGUAAAAUGUUACCAAAAAAACAUCAUAUUUGAAACCUAAUUUCAGAAACAGUAUGAUGUUGUGCAUUGCAACAUUAUUUUCCAAGCAAAUUAGCACAUUUUCCACAUUUUCUCAUUACUGAAAUGCAUCCAGGCGUUUUACUUUUGAGGAUUUUCUGAAUUCUCUUUAUUUUUAAUAGUGAUUCUCAUUAGAUUUUCAUUAUGUCAAGUAAUUCAGAUACUCAAGCCUAUUUCUAGGACCGUUUACAUUCUUUGUAUUCUGACAUUAUUUUCUUCAAAAUUAGGCAUGUUUAUGACCCCCGUCCCAUUCUCAUGUGAUGAUAUAUCUAAAUUAUCUACAGUGCAAGAAAAAGUAUGUGAACCCUUUGGGAUUAUCUGGUUUUCUGCAUGAAUUGGUCAAAAUGUGAUCUCAUAUUCAUCAAAGUCACAAUGUGCUUAAUCUAACAACACACAAACAAUUAUUAUCUUUCAUUUAUUUAUUGAACGCAUCCCAUUAAACAAUCACAGUGCUGUGGAAAAAGUAAGUGAACCCUUGUAUUUAAUAACUGGGCGUUCCUUCUUUGGCAGCAAUAACCUCAACCAAGCGUUUCUGGAUUAGACCUGCACAACGUUCAGAAGGAAUUUUGGACCAUUCUUCCUUACAGAACUGCUUCAGCUCAGCCAUAUUCUUAGGAUGUCUGGUGUGAACGGCUCUCUUGAGGUCACUCCACAGCAUCUUUAUUGGGUAAAGGUCUGGGCUCUGACUGGGCCACUCCAAAAGGUGGAUUUUCUUUUUUUGAAGCCAUUCUGUAGUGGAUUUACUUCGAUGUUUAGGGUCAUUGUCCUGCUGCAUCACCCAACUUCUACUGAGCUUCAGCUGGAGCACAGACACCCUGAUAUUAUCCUGUAGGAUAUCUUGAUAAACUUGGGAAUUCAUUUUUCCCUCGAUGAUGGCAAGCGGUCCAGUCCCCGAAGCAGCAAAGCAGCCCCAGAUCAUGAUGUCCCCUCCGCCAUACUUCACCGUUGGGAUGAUGUUUUCAUGUUGGUAUACGGUGCCCUUUUUACAUCAUACGUAGUGCUGCAUGUUCUUCCCAAACAACUCAACCUUAGUUUCAUCAGUCCACAAAACAUUUUCCCAGUAGCGUUGUGGAGUGUCAAGGUGGUCUUUGGCAAACUUCAGGUGCACAUCAGUGUUUUUGUUGGAAAGCAGCAGCUUCCUUCGUGGUGUCCUGCCAUUGACACCAUGCCUGUUUAAUGUUUUCCAUAUAGUAGACUCAUGAACAGAGAUGUUAAACAGUUCCAAUGAUUCCUUCAAGUCUUUAUCUGUCACUUUAGGGUUCAUUUUUACCUCAUUGAGCAUUCUGUGGUGUGCCCUUUGAGUCAUCUUGGCUGGACGGCCACUUCUAGGGAGAGUACCCACAGUACUAAAUCAUCUCCAUUUAUAGACAAUUUGUCUAACUGUGGACGGAUGAAUAUCUAAACUCUUCAAGAUAACUUUGUAACCCUUUCCAGCUUCAUGCAAAGCAACAAUUCUUGAUCGUGGGUCGUCUUAAGAUUUUUUUUUUUUUGUGAGGCGUGGUCCACGUUAGCAGAUGCCUCUUGUGAAUAGCAAGUCAAAGUAGCUCUUACUCACACCUCCAACCUCGCUUCAUUAAUUGGAUGUCAGGUUUGCCAGCUCCUGACUCUAAUUAGUUUUUUUGUCGUCUUUAGCCUAGGGAUUCACUUACUUUUUCCAACAGCACUAUAAAUGGGAUGUGUUCAGUAAAGACAUUAAAUAUUAUAAUUGUUUGUGUGUUGUUAGAUUAAGCAUAUUGUGACUUUAAUGAAGAUGAGAUCACAUUUUAUGACCAAUUAAUGCAGAAAACCAGAUAAUUCCAAAGGGUUCACAUACUUUUUCUAGCCACUGUAAAUUAUAUUGUAUUUAAAUAAAUUAUAAAUAAAUCUAGUUAACAACUGUAUUUCUAUAAAUUGACAUUAACUAAGAUUAAUGCAGGAAAAUAUAUAAUCCAUUGUUAGUCCAUGAAAUCGAAUGCAUUGCAACAUUAUUUUCCAAACAAUUCAGCACAUUUUCCACAGUUUCUCAUUACUGAAAUGCAUCGACAUUUUACUUUUGAGGAUUUUCUGAAUUCUCUUUAUUCUCAAUAGUGAUUCUUAUUAGAUAUUCAUCAUUGCAAGUAAUUUUUUACUUUAUUAAAGUAAAUAAUAAAUAAAAUGUAAACAUUUAAAUACAAUCUAAUUUAUAUCAUUGAAAUGUUAUGGGGGUCUUAAAUAUGCUUAAUUGUGAUGAAAAUGUCACAGUGUGAAUGGUCCUAGAAAUAGGCUUGAUUUUCUGUUUGCAAAAUAAAAUGUUUUAUUUCUUUCUUUUGAUUUGAGGGUGAAAACUGAAAUGUUCUUGACUGGUUUUAUGAGAUUCACAUAUAGGCAAGUCUUGAAACAAGUAAAUCACACCACUUGUAGUUCUAAAUUGAAAUGUUUAGUGCAGGUUUAAUUUAAACAGGAUGAUUUUCUGCUUUGAAAAACGUCAGAUAUAAAUUUUAAUAAUGUCUUUCAUAGUGUUAUAUAACUAAUAGCAGACUCUUUUUUUGUGUGUGUGCGCUGUCUUUGUCAUCUAUCGCUUUUUAUUUUCCUGCCCUUCAGUUUUUUUCCAACUCUCUUGAGUUUGGUCUUCAAGUGUCCCGAGUAUCAAUGUUCCAGAACAUUCUGAGGAGUUCAGGGAUAAUUUUGUUUGAGUUGGCAUCAGUUUUGUUACAGAAACUUUAAACGUGUUACUGGGUGUUGCAAAGUCAGAGUUAAAUCGCUGUAUGCCGAUAACCUGUUAGACAUCCACUUCAGUUACAGAACAGUAUUCAAGAGACAUGGAUAAAUGGGGAAAUAGUAUGUGGUUCAGUAAUUAAUUGAAAGUGCUCUCAUCUGUGUCUAACCCUGUUCAUUUCAAUUUCAAUUUCAAUUAAAUGUCACUGAACUAUUACAGAAAUGUCACUAAAAUGGUGAACGUUUGGUUAAAUAUGAAUGCCAGUGAAAAUGGUCAGCUUUCUCUUGACGUUUGUGUGACAUUUUGCUAUAAUUCUCAAUGAUAGACAAGUCUUCAGUGGUAUAAUAUGGGUUUAACCAUAAAACUCAGCUACAGCAAUGUACAUUUUUGUAGAGAAGAAAUAUUUUAAGCUAAACAUGUUGUAUACGGUGGCGGGAGAUGUGCGAAUGCAUUUCGGUCUUGUCGUUGAAUAUACCUACUGCCUUUCGUCGCUUUUUACCAGGAGGAAAUAUCCAUUUUAAAUAACUUCAUACAAAUUGCCUUGCUUUACUUUUAAGACUUCUCAGGUUUCUUUUGUAACGUAGCAUUUCAAGUUAGUCGUGAAUGUGACCGUCUAUACUUUUUAGAUUCCUUGUUGAUCUUUUUGUUUCUUUGUAAAGAAGAAAAUGUAUUCGUAAUGUUGUGCCAUAUAGACGAUUCAUCAAAUGAUUGGAUACCAAUUCUUGUCAAAGCAUAAGAAAAAUACACUUGAUACCAGAUACAUUUUUAAUCAUGAAUUUUUAAAGGCAAUGCAUUCUUCACGUACACAUUUCCAACAUUUUAAAUAAUACAAAUAAUAAAUAAAUAAUUUAAAACACGA